AUGAUAGACUAUAGUGUGGUGCCUGGUACAGGUUUCUUGGUUGAUCAGACCAAAAGCAAGAACGAUGUCAUCCUUAUUCCUACUCCCUCAGAUGACCCAAAUGAUCCGUUGAACUGGUCUCGGGGAAGAAAAAAUCUACAUAUGCUCUGUAUUGUGAUCUAUGUUUUUGCUCUUGGUGUGCCGGGAACGUGUAUUUAUUCGAUUUUGCCUGAGAUCUCGAAAGCCACUGGCAUCAGUGUGGGGGACCUCAAUGCGGGUACAGGCUAUGCUUUUUUGUUCAUGGGUCUUGGAAAUAUCUUCUUUCAGCCGUUGGCGUUGCAAAUCGGCAAGAGACCCGUGUACUUGUUUUCUGUUCUUUCCGGAGCUUUCUUCAAUUUGUGGCAGCCCUGGUGCUCCUCCAAUGGCCAAUGGAUUGCAUCGAAGAUUCUUGCUGGCCUUUGCACUUCACCUAUCGAGGCAUUACCUGAGCUCUCGAUUUCAGAGUUGUAUUUUGAGCACGAAAGAGGUACCUACAUGGGCGUCUAUGCUGUUUCAUUGUAUGCCUCUAACUAUAUAGCUCCGUUGGUGGCAGGAUUUAUCAAUCAAAAUUCUGCCGAGCUAUCUGUGGGAGGCUGGCGUUGGGUGAUUUUCUGGUCGAUAAUUUUUGCCUCGAUAAGCUUCGUAUUUCUUUUCUUUUUCAUGGAAGAGACAGCUUAUGACAGGAAACUUAGGGUCACCAAAGAUAGCAACGGCGAGCCUUUGGCGGUGGUUACUUCAGGCGGUCAGUGGGAGAAGGCUCACACUGUGGUCACAGUCAGAACACACUCCCUGAGCUCAGACAAAGAGAUGGCUAAUGUCCUCUCAAAUAUCGGAAAUCAAGCCGAAUUGAUAUCUGUGGAUGAGCCACCUAGCUACGGUCCUCCAAAGUCAUUUGUGCAAAAGCUUUCUGUCACUUCAGGUUUCAAAAAGAAGUUCAUGAUGUGGCAAUAUAUUAAAAACAUUGCUUGCAUGUACCGUUUACCCAUCGUUCUUUGGUCAGGCUUCUUGUACGGUGCUACUCUUAUCUGGUACACUGUCAUGAAUGCCACUGAAGCCAUGGUGCUUGCAGCACCACCAUACAACUUCUCAAGUGCUAUGUGUGGUCUUGCCUACUUGUUUCCCUGUAUUUUCACCUGCAUUCUCUACUUUUACGCUGGCUGGACUGUCGACUGGUUGAAGGUAAGUAUUGCCAGAAAGAGAGGGGGAAGAACUGAGGCUGAAGACCGACUUUGGGCAUUGCUUUUAUACAUGAUCUUGGGCCCUUCUGCCCUCAUACUUUGGGGUGUCGGUGCCUAUCAUGGAAUCCACUGGUUUGGCGUCGUUUUCGGCUUUGGACUCACAGCUGGUUUGUGUGUUCUUGGUUGUGUAAAUGCGGUGACAUAUGCCAUUGACUGCUACCAUGAGAUGUCGGGUGAGGUCAUUGCUGCUGUUGUUGUCAUCAGAAACCUUAUGAGUUUUGCUGUAAGCUAUGGUAUCACGCCGUGGGUAAAGAAUACGGGGUUGCAGAAUACCUUUAUUGCCGCUGCAUUUAUCUGCUUGUUCUGUAUUGGUACAUUCUUUGUGAUGAUGCUUACAGGUAAGUAUUGGAGAACAAAGACUGGCACUUUUUACUGGAAAUUGGUGGAGAAGCAGAGAGAAAUGGGAAUGGCCCACUAA